AUGCCCUAUGUAAAAGAACUCCAAUCAUUCAAGGUUUCCCCCUUUGUCAUUUACGUCUUACUCCACCUUCUUCACCUUUUAUCUUCCGUCAACGCUGAAAUUAUCUCCCACGCCCUCAUAUCCUUUUGCUAUCACCAGGGCAGCUAUCGCGACCACAGCUUAAAUGACAUCAAAUUCUGGGACAGCAACGGUUUUCUGACAGGUAGAGAUGUCACUGAUCAGAGCGCGAAUCUUCACAAGUACCUCUGGGAAACAUAUAACGCAACUGAGUAUCUCGAAUCAUUCCCCUUUCUUGUUAUGGGAUGCCAGGGCGGUCCAUCAGACAACCCGCCAUUUUCGGUAGCUGGGGUCAUUGCCAUAUGGCGGGACGCCAAAGACUUUGGCUUCAUGCCUCUUGUCGGAGACUUUACGCAAGGUGAUGAGAUCGAAGUCGAUGACGAUAUCCUCGAUCAGAUAGUCCGUUGGAAAUACCUUCAAAGGAUGUGA